AUAUUACCUACUUUUACACCCUGAAGGACGGCUCUUUUACGCGUCUCGUCCGACUACCCUCUUGCUCUUAACUCUUAAGAAACUUCUGUAGACUUUAAUGAGCAUUCAUUCUCAAUAUUCUUUACCAUUUCUACACCUUUUCUCUUUCCCUUAAAAAAAAUAUAAAAAAAGGGGGGGAAAGGAAAACACGACAUUUUCACCGUCAACGUUUCACGGUCAACAAUUUUUUGGUCUUUUGAGCUGCUUCUCUUUUGGAUCCUGUCAUAAAACUCCUUCUUGAAUCUCUCAAAAGUUUGAGUUGGUAUUAGCAACGAACACUUGCUUGCAACGGUUUUGUUGGGAUUGUUUUGAUUCUGCUACAGUUUCGCAUUGUAGACGCUUUUGCCUCCGUUUCAUUUAUUUAUUUCUGGAACUCUUGUUUUGGUCCAAGACCCUUGGUGGUGCUGGUAAUUUGGGGGGUGAAGAGUUGAACUGCGUUGGCAGUGGCUAGUGAAAAAUUAUUGUUAUUUUUUGUAAUUAUUAUUUUUGGGCUAUUUAUGGUUGAAGAAGGUGCAGUAGUGUUGUGCCCUUGAUGAAAUGAGAAGCAUAUCAAGCGCUUUGAAUGGGAAGUCAGAGAUAUAUGGUUGCCGCCGCAGCGACAGUUAGCUUUUGUGUACUUUUGGUUCUUCUUGUUGUAGGAACAGUUAACUUCAUAGAUAAGAAGGGAACACAAGGUGUUAUUAGACAAUUGCUUGAUCCAGCAUCUGAAUUGCUAGAUGACAACACGGCAAAGGUACUAUUGACCAAAAAUGUAAUUCAUUUAAAUAAAGAGGCAGAAGAUCUCCAUUUAUGCGUUCGACAAGAAUUGCCUGUUAACUUCAAUACAAUUGGUUCAGACAUUCGACCAUUAACACAAGCAGACAUAAAAAAUUUGAUUAAGCUUUGCCAUUAUCAGUUCAAGGAAAAGUGCGUCUAUUGUUUGAGAAAAAAUAAUCUUCCAUUACUGCCAUCGAGGGAAGAUGAUGAUGAUUCCAAGAUUUGGCAUGCUGCAUAUAGGGCACUGCAUUUUUCUGGAUCUAGUGCUUCCAGACAAAACUUGGGUCGAGUUUUGCUUCAGCAGAUAUCAGAAGCACCUAGUCCAGGACCAGCUGUUGGAUCACCAACACCGAGUCUUGCACCAACCCCUGGACCCAGUUUAGCACCCUCAUCCGGACCUAGUCCAGCACCAUCCCCUGGACCUGGUCUGGCCCCAUCGUCUGCUCCGGUACCUGUUGAUUCUAGACCUCUGCAUCCUCCUUUGUCACCAUUUUUUCCUAAACUGACACCACCAACAACAUCAAAUGCAGAUGUUUCUGCUCCUCCGUCAUCGGACACUAAUAAAACCGAAGAUAAGCAUAGUAAUAAGAAAACAGUUGUUAUUGCUGUAGUUAUAACUGCACUGGUGACAUUGAUAGGAGCAGCACUGCUCUUUAUGUUCUGUGGUCGGUUUUCGAAGAUUGGCCAAGGUAGAAAAAAUGAUGAGAGGCCACUUCUCAGCUUGAGCAUGAGUGACUACUCUGUUGGUCCUUCCAGUUAUGGAUUUGGAAAUUCAAUGAAAGGGGAGAAACUUGGGUUCCAAUCAUCAAGUAAUAAUUUGGUUGACAACAAGAAGCCCCAGGUUCUAGAAAGUCAAUCAAUAGGAGCUUUUAGUGCUGCUUCGGGAUCACCAUUUGAAGUAAAAACUCAUUCCCAAUGGACAGGAACCAUGCCUUCUGGAAUGCCUCCUUUAAAACCUCCACCUGGCAGGCUGAAUCCUCUCCCCCCUGAGCCUCCUUCGUUUAGGCCUUCUGGUAAUGCUGCCCCUGCCCCUGCCGCUGCCCCUGCCCCUGCCCUGGCUACUCAUGGACCACAACAGGUUGGUGUUGGUGGUGCUCCACGUCCUGGACCUCCACCACCACCACACCCAGCACCAGUUGGUGCCCAACAUUCUCCUCCCUUCCCACCACCCCCAGCAUUGGCUGCUGCCAGAGCUCAUCCUCCACCACCACCUCCUGCACCAGUUGGGGCCAGACCUAGUCCUCCACCACCACUUCCCCCUACAUCAACAGGUGCGAAACCUAGUCCUCCUCCACCUCCCCCAGCUCCAGCUGGUGCCAAACCUGGUCCUCGCCCUCCGCCACCUCCUAAGGGUGGUAUACCUCCUCCUCGCCCACCUCCAAUCGGGGCUAGCAAACCAAAAGCUACGGAGAACGUUGAAGCUGGCGCAAGUGAAGCUGAUGCUCCUAAAGCCAAGCUAAAGCCAUUUUUCUGGGAUAAGGUUCAAGCUAACUCUGAUCAAUCAAUGGUUUGGAAUCAAAUCAAGUCUGGAUCAUUCCAGUUUAAUGAGGAGAUGAUAGAAACACUUUUUGGUUAUAACGCUGUGGAUAAAAAAAAUGGUCAACGAGGGAAAGAGUCUUCUGCCCAAGACCCUUCACCUCAGUAUAUCCAGAUCAUUGACAAAAAGAAAGCACAGAAUUUAUUAAUUCUGUUGCGAGCAUUGAACAUGACAAUGGAAGAAGUAUGUGAUGCACUUUACGAAGGAAAUGAGCUACCUGCUGAGUUCCUCCAAACCUUGCUGAAGAUGGCACCGACGACUGAUGAACAACUUAAGCUUAGACUUUUUACUGGUGAGCUAUCUCAACUUGGCCCUGCUGAUCAGUUCUUGAAAGCGAUGGUUGACAUUCCAUUUGCUUUUAAGCGAAUGGAAGCACUUCUUUUCAUGAGUACACUUAAAGAGGAGCUCAAUUCUACUAUCGAGUCUUUUGCAGUUCUAGAGGUUGCUUGUAAGGAACUAAGAAACAGCCGGCUGUUCCUCAAGCUUCUUGAAGCUGUUCUCAAAACUGGCAACCGUAUGAAUGAUGGAACAUUCCGUGGUGGUGCACAAGCAUUUAAGCUUGAUACACUCCUGAAACUAUCUGAUGUAAAAGGAACAGAUGGCAAGACCACACUCUUACACUUUGUUGUUCAGGAGAUUAUCCGUUCUGAAGGCAUAAAAGCUGCCAGGCUGGCAAAUGUGAGUGAUCUUAAAGAUAGCUCUAGUGAAACCGAAGAUCGCUACCGUGACAUUGGCCUUCAGGUGGUUUCGCACUUGAGUAGCGAACUUGAGAAUGUCAAGAGAGCAGCAAUUCUAGAUGCCGACACCUUAACUGGAACUACUGCCAAACUUGGCCAUGGUCUCAUGAAAACCAAAGAUUUGUUAAACAAAGAUCUGAAGAAUGUGGAGGAAGAUAGAGGGUUUAGUGACACAAUUAGACGUUUCGUGCAGAAUGCUGAGACUGAUGUCGUGAGACUUCUGGAAGAAGAGAAGAGAGUCAUGGCUCUGGUAAAGAGCACUGGUGAUUACUUUCAUGGGAAGGCCGGCAAGGACGAAGGCUUACGGUUGUUUGUAAUAGUAAGAGACUUCUUAAUAAUGGUGGACAAGGCAUGCAAGCAGGUGAGAGAUGCACAGAAGAAGCCUGCAAAAUCUCAAAAACAAGAGACAUCUCAAGGAUCAUCUUCCUCGGAGACUCGUCCGCCACCUUCUGAUUUUCGUCAGCGGCUCUUUCCAGCAAUUGCUGAAAGGAGGAUAGGUGACAGUAGUUCGGACGAAGAGAGUCCAUAGAUUCAAGUUGGAAGCGAUGGAUGAUUGAAUGUGUUUCUUCAUUGAUCGUGGAAGUGGCUUGGUACUAACAAUCCUCGAACGAAUAUUUCUGUACAGACUUGUCUGGAGGCUGGAGCUUUGACGAAGCAAUGUUGUUAUAAGAAAUAUCUUUUGUACUAUCUUUAUUGUUGUAUCCCAUUUAGAAUUUGAUUACUACUUUGAGUCAUUUCUAGAGCAGCAGUUGUAAAAUAUUGAUUUUAACAUUCUUUCCCCCUCAAUAUUCUUUAUUCAAUUUACUUUA